AUGUCUGAACAGUUUAAGGCAUGGAGGAAGCGUUGGUUUGUGCUGCGGAGAGGCCGCAUGAGUGGGAACCCUGACGUUCUGGAGUACUAUAGAAACAACCAUGCCAAAAAGCCCAUUCGGAUCAUAGACCUGAAUGAGUGUGAAGUGCUGAAACAUUCAGGGCCCAACUUCAUCAAGAAGGAAUUCCAGAACAACUUCGUCUUCAUUGUGAAAACGACAUACCGCACCUUCUACCUGGUAGCCAAAACGGAGGAGGAAAUGCAGAUAUGGGUGCACAACAUCAGCCAGAUCUGUAACUUUGGACACUUAGAAGAUGGCACAGAUUCUGUGGAGAGCCUGUCUCACACCACCUCAUCCCCUCAGCCCUCGCCAGCUGUCUCCACCCACGCCUCUCGGAUCACAGACCCUUCCUUCUCUGUGGAUAACGCGACCACUGAUGCGUCUGCCGCUGAAGAGACCAGGAGUGAGUCGGAGUCAGUCUUCCUCCCCGAUUACCUCUUCCUCUCAAACUGUGAGUCAGGCAAGCUCAGCCAUAACAGAUGCGACAGCUGGUCAAAUUCUGACAGGUCCCUGGAGCAAACCUCCUCAGAUGAUGUUUUUGUCGAUUCCUUGCCGUCUCAGCCUUCCCACUACUUGCAGCCAUCUAGUAGUGGCAGCGUGCACCAAGACGGGGGCCUUCCAACAAACCAUGGGAUUUUGUCCAGGAGUGUAGACAUUAGCGGGACAUCCAAUGACUUUUCCUCCUCUUCUCCAUUGCUGGGGCCUCCUUUAACACCAACCUUUCAGAUUGAGAAAAGCCAAAGCGUGCUUCCUUAUGGCAUAACCAAACUGGAUAUUUUGUCUAAUACACCACCGCCAAGACCACCCAAACCAACCCACUUUUCAGACCGGAGAGGAGAAGAGCUGUCCAGUGGGGCCCUUCAGAAUGGACAUAUUGGGAUCUGUAGGGCUCAGGCUGCCUUGGUGCCAAGAAGAAUCUCCUUGUCGAGCUUGGAUAACAUGCGGAACUGGAAAGCAGAUGCGGAAGGAAAUUCCUUAAGAAGCCGGGAUAAGAGGCUUAGCUUGAAUUUGCCAUGUCGGUUCAGCCCACUGAUUCCUUCUGCAUCAGACAGCACAGAGGAUAGUUAUGUACCCAUGCGCCCCAGCGCAUCUCCGCCUAUUCUGGGGUCAGAUUGCUCACCUGAUGGCUACAUUCCCAUGAGUCCAGGCUCAGCUACGUUUACAUUCCCUGUAGUCAGCAAUGAAAAACUCUCCAGCCCGCUGCCUGAGCUUCCCACCGACUUGGAACCGCCGCCAGUGAAUCGAGAUCUCAAGCCUCGAAGGAAAUCCCGACCCCCACCACUGGACCUGAGGAACCUUACCACAAUCCGGGAGCAGCCCAUGACCAGGACUGUGCCUUACAAUCGAAUGAGCUUUCUCUCUCCAGAAAGAGACGGUAUUAAUUCAGCUAGACCAUGUGCCAAUUCAGUUUCCGGAGAAGAGGAAGAAUGUUACAUUCAUAUGCAGGAGCACAGACAGGCAACCUCUCCAUGCAGCGGUGCUUUUCCAUGGACAAGGAAGUCCAACCUUGAUUAUUUAGCACUGGAUUUUAAUUCUGCUUCCCCAUCCCCUGUACAGAAGAAACCUUUUCUCUCUGAGGAGCAGCGAGUAGACUAUGUCCAAGUGGAUGAACAGAAGACUCAAGCACUACAGAACACUAAGCAGGAAUGGACAGACGAGAGGCAAUCUAAAGUGUGAAAGAAGCUUGGGGCUUACACUUUACUUGAAUUGGAAUCACGUUGCAAACAAAGGAGCUACAACAGCAACGUUCAGAGACAAAUGGAGUGCAAGAUUUCAGCCAUCUUUGCAGGAGCAGCAUUUUUAAGGGAAAAGCUUUGAAUUUAGCUGGACGUAGUAUGAUGACUGAGUGGUUCAGAGAUUAUUAAAGUACCACAUUACUUUUUUUCACUGCCCUUUGCCAGUAAAUUACAUGGUACAGUUUAAUGGCAUGACCCUCAGACAAGACACCCUCUUGAUGUUAAAAAAUGCCACUACAUGUUGCAUUAAUCUAGCUAGCGCCUCCUUCUCCCUGUGUUGUGUAACUCCUUGUUGCUAUUUUUUGAUAUCCUUACAAAUACUGCAGGUGCUAAGGCUGCUUAUAGCAUCUGGCAUCUGACAGGGUUUGGUGACUACUCAACUAAGGGCUAAAAAACCGAAACAAUAAAAAGCAGAACUUUUUUUAUGCAAUGUUUAAGCAAUUUUUGGAACAUAUUUCUCUCCUGCCCAUCCCGGCAUAAAAUGUUUGACUCCGAGUGACUAUAAAUAGGUCUUUGCACCAAUGGAACUGGAAUGCAUGGUUUCUGAAACUCCAGACUGAUGUUCAUCGUGUUGGAUUUUUUCUGUCUGUUGUGGUUCACCUUCCCAUCCAGUAAAUGGUGACAGUUUCUUCCUAGUUCAAGGAGUUUCUUCAGCACAGUGCAGUGGCUCCUCUGGCAGGAAGUUGCAGACACAUUAUUCUUGGCUGGCCAAAAAAAUAAAAGGGAAGCGGUGAGCCUGUUUCUACAAGUUUUGGAAGGGUUGGCAAAAUACUAAGAAUGUUUUUGCCUGAACUGCAAAAGAAGAAAUGCAAUUGGAAUUCCUGGUAACAGCCAUCAGGCCAAUGAUAACUAUUGAAUGAGACAGGAAGUGCAAUGUGAGUCAGGUUAUCAGGUAAUAAUGAGGGAGGGUGCAUUGUUUGGCUUGCAGCUCUGCUUGUAUAAGACAGAAACCUAAUACACAUACGCAGUGUGAAACACCUGUUUUCAGGAAGCUUAUCAGCUUUGGCAUUUGCAAUGGGCACUAUCUCAGGAUCAAAUCAGUGUACAUUUAUAAUGUGUUCAGUUUUAUAAGUUUGCUUACAAUCCUUACUUUUAGAUGCCCACAGGCAGUUCAGAUACAAUAAAUACAGUCCCCAUUCAUCACCCAGCUCUAGAUGUGGCUUUCCACAUGCAAUAUUUCCUUAUGCAAACAAUUCCAGUUGCUCUAAUGGGCCUACUUGGAUAAGCAGGGACUACAGAAGCAGAUUUUUCUGAAGGAUCUUCUUCAGAUUGGUUCCAGUUUCACUUCGUCCCUUCUCAGACCUGGUACUGUCACGCUACAGUACUGCAAAUUGACAUCCAAAAAUGCUGAAUUACUAAACUGAGGCAACAGAAAAUGGCCUCAGACAAAUUAGUCUUACAUUAUUUUUGGUUUCUUUAUAUAUUUUAUACAACCCUGAUUUUUGCAUUAUUACCAAACAUUUGGGUCCACAGAAAAGCAUAGAGCUAUGGCUUGCUUGUCCUCACUCUGAGAGCAGCUUAGCUAACAGGAAUGCUCUUGUCUCCUACCUCAAGGUAGCUGGAGCAUUUGCAGCCCUUGCUGCAUCUCUAAAGCAAAAACACAUUUGAGAUUGAGUGAUGAAUGGACCUGCAGCAAGAAUGACUGUAAGAGAGUUGCCUGUGCAUUUAUUGGCUUUGGGGCAAAUCAUGCACUCAAAUCUACUAGCAUAAAUGGCUUGGGUAAGAGUUGAUUAGCAACACGGAAAGGGGUGGUUGCUGAAGAAAAUGUGGUUUUUGCCAAAAAAAACUUGAAAACUGAAAGUUUGUGGCCAGAUACUUUAUCUGAAUAUUCUAGUUCACUGCAAACCCUGUUUACCUUUGAAAAACAGCUUAGAAAAUGGGAAAUCUUUGACCUGCCUUACUGUUCUGCUGCAUGAGAGGCAGGAGAAGCUCACAUAGCAGGUCUGCAGCCACCCACUCAUAGGGAGCACAUUUCUGCAGGGACGGGGAUGGAUUGAGAGUUUUGCCUUUGGGCCCCAAAUUAUUCCCUUCAGUUUGAAGAGGUGGUCAAGUUGCCAGCCUGUGUAAAUGAUCAGUCACUGGACUUGCUCUUUGUGUACUUCAGCACACAGAGUGUAGCCAGCACAAGAAUGACCUGGUGAGUGCUGAAAGACCAUUAUGGUAAAGAGCAGUGGAAAGGGCAAGUCAAAGAAAGUGCAAUCCCACAAGGCAGCACUACUCCCAUCCCCAAAUCUCUGGUGAUGGCAUAACUUCUCAUUAAUUUUAAAGUUAAAUUUAAAUAUAAACCACUUUGUGUUGUACUGGAAUAUGUUCUCUGGUGUGAGAAGUCCUCUAGUGCAGAAAAUGAGAAUUUUUUUAAAGAAAAGGAAGGAACAGUUUUCUUGCCCUGGCUUUUAUUAUUUAUUUUUUGAAAUCUUUAAACACAGACAGAUGCACUGAAGGACUGUUCAAGAGCUUAGUGUCUAAAGAGCUUUUAUUUUCUUUAAAUGGAUGUGAACCUGAAAUGCUAGAUCUAGUUAUCUGAGGCCCCCAAAUGAGUGUCUCAGUAAUUUAAUUGUAUCUCCUUGUAGUACUGGCAUCCUAGCAUCCCUCAUGUCACCGAUCAGCAGCCAUGCUGCUUUUAACCUUCAGUUUUUAUCCAAAAACUGAAGUGUAAGGAACCUUUUCUUCAAUUUAUCCAGUAUCUCACUAGCAUUAACUGCAUUAAAUGUAAUACAAGUAGGUUUUUUUCAGUGAAUGUUAACAGCACUGCUGACCACUCCCAGAUCACAGUGAAACAUGUGCCUUUGUAAGCAACUGGGUUUUUCCUUUUUAUUUGAAUAGAGAAUUCAACAGUGUGACAAAAAGGGUUGUUUUUUUCACAGUAACUUUCUGUAUUAACCUAUUAUUGUUAAAAAUUUCAGUCCAAAUACAGUUGCCCCUUCUAUUCUGGGCAAUCCAGCUAUUCUAUUAGUUGCAGUGACUAUAGCAUUGUAAUGUGGUGCUACAGUGUCAAAAAAACGCUCUGAAGUGUUAUGAUCCAAUAGUGAGAAAGAAGAUGGUACAGAAAGGAAGGGAGCCUUUAUUUUAUUACUAUUUUCCUCAGCCAGUGAGGAAGGGGAAACUGUGACAAGCACCCGGAAAUGGAUUUAGCUUUCAACAGUGACCCCUCUGAAAACGUAUGUAGACUAAGAAGUUGCUGGCUAUGGAGAGAGCCCAGCCAAGGCUACUUGGAGCUGUCUUCACUGAGAGUGAAUUCUUUAGUCCAGAGCUGCCCCCACCUCCGCUCCAUCAGUGCACAGCACCACGGUCUCCCCCAUCAUGGUGGGUUGCACUGUCCUGCCCCCUGGGCAGGAGUGGGAAUCAAAAGCCAAGGGAGGGAGGGGGAGCCUGGAGACCCCAGCUGCAGCAACAGCUGGAGCAAUAGGGGCAGUGGAGACAGGGUAGGAGCCCAGGAGCCAUACAAUGACCUCUUGUAGGCUGCAUAUGGCCCGGGGGCCCCCAGCUGAACAGCCCCACUUUAGUCAUUAGGUAUUUUUAUUUAUUUAUUUAAAAUGAUCAAGACUGCCGCUAAAGAGCAAGGUGCAGCUCCAGAUGAAGCAACCUUGUGGGCGUUGAGUGGGGAUGGAGUUUCUUUUAUAGCUGUUGUCUUCUAAUAUGGGAAUCUACUUCAGGUGUUUCCUGCCCAUGACUUUCUGUAGUGCCUUACCCAGCAACUCUCAUUUCCUUACGUAAAGAUGAGGGAAGCACUAGACAGCCCUAAUAUUUUUGUCAUUGUUGCUGUUUAAUUAAAAAUGUAGCCCGGUAAAACCUUUGGACGAAGUUUGGCAGAACGAUGAUGUGGAAAGUAAACAAGCGAAGUUGUUUCAGGCCGUGUGGUUAUCCCGAGAAGAGAGGUCCACAUGUUGGGAAAGUUGAGUCAAUCUAUUGGAUUUUUCCGAGCUGUCAGGUACAGCAGGCUGCAGUGAGCCCGAGCCAUGGGGACAAGGAAGGCUGUUUUUCCCUGUGUCUUCUUCCUUUUGGCCUGAGUGCUGUGGUUCCAGCCAGCCCGCCCCGUGUGGCCCUGAAGCUGCUAUUUGUACGUCUUUGCUCGUAUGAAUUGAUAUGCCUUUGAGAACCAGCAACAUUGAAACAGGAUUGACCAUAACAUUUCUAAUUCUUCAAUGUGAACAUUUGGGCCAAAUCCUGCUGUUUUUACUUAAUUAAAAUUCCCAUUAACCUGCGUAAAGACAGCAGAUUUAGACCAUUGUUUGUUAAAUCUCUAUAGCCAAACAAAGCAAGACGACUCUUCUUUCAAAGGCUCAAACAUCUGCUUGAAGUUAGUUACCUUUUUCACUGAACAAGAAAAAAUGUAAGCACAGGCUUACAUUUCAGCAAACCUUAAGUCCCUUAGUGAAUUAGAGCUUAAACCAACAUGAUGUUUUUGGCUCUAUGCUACAUAGUCUUCAUGCUAUUACCCAUUUGGGCAAAGAGCUGCAGGGAGCAAGUCUCUUUACCUCAUCAAGAUGGAAUAUCCUUUUCAUUUAUUUCUGAACCCAUUGUGAUCAUCAGCAAUAGCAUUAAAAACCUAAGAGAGAAACAAGUAUUUUAACUGAGAAAUCUCAAUAUGCAUCUAACUCAAGACUGAUGUUUUCAAUCAACUCACUUCUGAGAAGAGUCUUGUGGCCCCUCGUCUCUGCCGAUAACUCUUUAAUAGAUGUCAAUUUUGGAAUUGCAUUCCUUUUCAAUAAUUCAUUGGGUAAUUACAAGACCAUCAGAUGCUGUGAUCAGAAUGAAGCACAGGGCAAUGCCUUUUUUCUUUGUUCCCUUGUUCUGCAGAGUUGCUCAGGUUUGUUAAAUAAAAAAAUAAAAAAAUAAGCCACCAAAAUAAGAGACUUUUGCAAUUUAAAAGCCAGAAUAUUUUUUGUUCUAAUGGAACAAAACCUGUUUCUUGUGCAGAAUGAAGCAUUACACUUUUUUGUAUUUGUAAAUAUGAGAGAGAGAGCAUUAAAAUAAUCAUCUCUAUUCUGAAGGAAUAACAUUAAUUAGAGAGGAGUGAGUCUCUCUUCCUGCUGUUUCAUUGUGAUGUUUGUUGUAUAUAUUUGCACAUUAAA